AUGGCCCAUGAGCCCUUCUCCGAGGGCAAGCACGCGCUUCCCUAUCAGCGACCGGAGCCGCGUUGUCGGACUUUCAACUCGACGGUCGUUGAGGAGGUUAUCGAGCAGAUGAGAAAGGAGAUUGUCGAUCCGGACUUGUUUCGGCUCUUUGAAAAUACUUUUCCUAACACGCUCGACACGACUAUCUCGUGGAAGGGGUUUGGUAGUGAAGAUCCCAAUGAAGAGUUGACGUUUGUGCGCACCGGCGACAUCAACGCCAUGUGGCUCCGCGAUAGCGCCAACCAGCUCCAGAGCUACAAACCCCUCCUCAAACCGGACCCGUCCCCGGACUCCCUCGCCUCCCUCUUCCGCGGCGCCAUCAACCUCCAGGGCCGCUACAUCCGCCAGGACAUUGUCUUUGAGUGCAAGUACGAGCUCGACUCGCUCGCCGCGUUCCUGCAGCUCUCGCACGAUUACCACAGCCGCACCGAUGAUUUGGCCUUUUUCCGGGACUCGCGGUGGCGCGACACCAUUGGCGUCAUCAUGGACGCCGCGUCGGCCCUGCUCGCGGGGACCUACGCCUCGGACGGCUCCAUCAACAAGUCGCCCUACAUGUUUGAGCGCAAGAGCAACAAGGCGUCCGAGACCAUGUCCAACGACGGCGCGGGGGCCCCGUCAAGAGCAACACCGCUCUUCAUCCCCGCCAACAUGAUGUUCUCGCGGUACAUGGCCGCUUGCGCCGACAUCAUGCAGGAGAUUGAUCCGGACCUCGCCACUAAGAUGAGUGGAUUUGCCGGCGUUGUUAGGGCUGGUGUGGAGAGGUACGGCAAGUUCAAGCAUCCCGAGUUUGGCGAGAUGUACGCGUACGAGGUGGACGGGUACGGAGGCCGAUAUCUCAUGGACGACGCCAACAUACCGAGCCUGCUGAGCAUACCGAUGCUCGGCUACCUAGACAUGAAAGACCCGGUCUACCUCAACACUCGAAAAUUUGUCCUUAGCACCGAGAAUCCGUACUACAUGUACGGCCCCGUCCUCAACGCCACGGGAGGGCCUCAUAUCGGACCGGGGAUGGCGUGGCCCAUGGCCCUAAUUGUGCAGCUCCUGACCUCUGAUAACGACUACGAGAUUGAAGUGGGCAUCAAACAAUUGCUAUCAUCGACAGAUAACCUCGGCCUUAUGCACGAGUCCAUACAUUCCCAUGACCAGCAUAGGUGGACGAGAUCCUGGCUCGAUCCGAUCAUGGCCGAGGAAGCUUGCAGCAAGCUUUCGCAAAGUAAUGAAGUAAUUGUGUCCUUCACCGGCUCCUCCCGCCGUCCCCGCAACGUCAACCUCAGCGGUCAACCUAGCAACCCCAACCCCUUUGCUUCCACGUCGUGGACCAAGCCCGGAGACCCGAACCGGACCGUGUACAAGGCCCAGGCCGACCGCCAGCAGCGCCAGCGGGAGAGGGAAAAGUUGCAGGCUGCCAGGACCCUGCAGCGGGUCUACCGAGGAAGUGUGGCGAGGGCGAGGGCGCGGGAGCUCCAUCGCGCCCGGUUCGACGACAUCUACCAGUGCACCUCUCAAAACGCACCCGCUGUGAGCGGUGGUGAUGAUGUCGCCGUCGACACGGCGUCCGACAACCAGGAGGAUGUCGGGCGGCUCGCCCAGCUCUCCGAUGACCUGACGACGGCGGGCGUGGUGGCGUCGCUGUCGAAGCUGUCGUCGUCUCACCUCGCCCGCUUCUUCGACCACUUGCUCGAUGUGCUCAAGAAGACGGGGCUCUCGAGCUCGCACCCGCAUGCGGCGGCCCAGCUCGACAUCCUCGCCGCCCUGCUUUCGCGAGCCGAGAACUCGGCUGUUGUGAAGGCAUCCUUGGCGCCUCUAAAGACGGUGAAGCAGCUACAGGACUCCCCAGCAGGUACAACCCUCUCAACAAACGUCUAUCGAGCCUUCAUCUUCUCCUUCCUCUCCUCCCCGAACCUGGCACUGUUCGAGAGCGACUGCACCGAAUUUCUAAUCUCCCUCGAUAUCGAGCGCCUUGCCAACGCAAUCAUUGCAGACUCACAUACACCGCCCAAGGAGUUUUCCUCGGGCGACGGCCCGCUUUGGUUGCUCGCACACUUUGUCCAGCUCUCCGCGGGCGCUAGCGGCUACCGGACCGAGGUACUGCUCACGCCCAUUUACUGGCUUCUCUCUAGUUACGGUAAAGAGAUUGGCCAACGCAUGGUAGCAGGAGGCAGCCACGAGGAUGCCCUGGAAAACGCGACGGAAGAGGCGAGCGCCCAGGUUGGGCCUCUGCCCGAAUACGUCAAGGCGCAGCUGCAGUCUCUUGUCAGCACUGAAUCCAUAAAGCACUUGCUGGGCCAACUGUCCGAGCAGCCCGAGGCCUCUGGGACGGCGAGGACGGUCAACCGAUCUCCGCUCCCCCGCGGCGUUGUGCCGGCAGUCAAAUGGCUCUGGGAUGCGGUCACGAGCACAACCGUCUAUCAGAAAGGAAAGUCUGAUCCGCAAGCACCGACGCGGAUGCUCAAGACCUACGUUUCUGAGCAGGCGACGCAGGCCGAUGACGACGAUUUCAUGGGCGGCAUCAAACCCUUGGCGCGCACCACUUCCCGUAUCCAGACGUGCUGCCUUUCCCUCGACGACGUCAAGGGUCUUAGCGUCUUCCUUAAAAACUUCUCCUUUGCGCUAUAUCAUGACAUAAGUUCCAUCGCCCCUUCUGCCGGGCCCUCGCGUAGCCGUACAGGGACGUCGACAGACGCGGACCGCUCGCGGACCGCUGCCGCUGCAUCGAACCCGCUAGACCUUGAUGGGAUUAAGAACAUCAUUACAUCCGCGAUGCAGCUGGUUUACGAACGAGACUCGCGGCUCCGAUUCCUCCCCGCCGACCACUGGCUCAUGACGUCGAGAUUUAACAUGGGCGGCUUUAUAGCGGAUGCAGUAACCGAGCUGCAGAGGCAGCAGGAGGAAGACGAGGAAUCCGACAACGAGGACGACGAGUACGCGGACGAGCCGAUGCAGAGGUUCUCCUCGCCGAAUCACGCGCGGCAACAUAUGAGGCUGCACCAGGUCCGCGAGUUUGAAAAGAAGCAGAGGGAGCGCUACCUGGCGACCAUUGGACCGAAGCUGGAAAUUCUCAAGCAUAUGCCGUUUGUCAUCCCGUUUGAGACGAGGGCAAUGGUGUUCAAGCAAUUCAUCCACCUGGACAAACUGAGGCGUAGAGGCGGUUUCGUCGAUGCCGACCAGUGGCGGCUUAGUCUGCGAGGUAGGUUGAAGGAGCCCAUUUACAUUACUUUUUACGAUCGGUUCGGCGAGGUGGAAGCGGGCAUUGACGGCGGCGGCGUCACCAAAGAGUUCCUCAUGUCCGCCAUUAGUGACGCGUUUGCGGAGGAGAGUUCGUGGUUUACUCGCAACGCAGAAGGGCUGUACUACCCCAACCCUUCGGUCAUGGACUGGUUCCGCGAGAAGCGUGAUCGGGCCUCGUCCGCAGAGGAUCGGGAAGAGUACGAGAAGGAGAGCCGGCGGGUGAUCCAGCAGUACGAGUUUCUCGGUCGCCUGGUUGGCAAGUGCAUCUACGAGGGGAUCCUGAUCGACAUUGCUUUUGCCGACGAGGAGCUUUACAAGGGCCUGAUGUCGCUUAAAAACGAAGCCGGGGAUGUGUCGGCGUGGGACAUGUACUUUACCGUGGACGACGAGGCGUCAUUCGGCCCCAACCGCGACAAGUUCACGCUGACGCGCAACCUGGUCAAGGGCGGCGACGAGCUGAGGGUCACCAACGAGAACCGGCUCCUCUUUAUCUCAUCGGUGGCCAAGCACCGGUUGGCGGUGCAGCCGGCGCUGCAGACCAACGCCUUCAUCCGGGCGGCUGGUGGGCGGCGACUCAAGGCGAUUGACGUGGCAGACCUGCGGCGCAACACCGUCUACGGGCUGUUUUGGCGGGUCAUGGAGGGCUUCUCGGACGAGCAGCGGCGCGACGUGCUCAAGUUUGUCACGUCGACGCCGCGCGCGCCGCUCCUCGGGUUCACGCAGCUCAGCCCGCUCUUCUCCAUCCGAGACGGGGCUGCCGCUGUACCGGAGCGAAAAGGUGUUGAGGAGAAGCUGCUCCUAGCCAUUUCGUCUGGUGCGGGUUUUGAUUUGAGUUAG